UGUUCCAUGUGUCCCUGCCCUCCUGACAGCCUAGUUAAAGCUCCCACUGUGGCACGCCACUCAGUGUGGUGCUGCACGCUGGGAUUUAGCUACUGUAGGCAAAUACAGCAGAGGGAGAACAGAGAGGCCUCUGUGUGUGUGUGUGUAUGUCUGUGUGUGUGUCAGACUGCUCAACAGCAUCAUGGAGACAGAAUACUCUAAGAGAGUGUACCAGGGAGUCCGAGUCAAGCACACAGUCAAAGACCUGCUGGCGGAGAAACGAUCCCGACAGACAAAUGGGGCCAGAUACAGUGGAGGAUCGACCACUCCGCCUUCAUUUGUCCAGAUGUCAGGGUCCCACAUGCUGCCCAGCUACUACGGCAUGAGGCGUCCCUUCAUCUCAGACUCAGACUUCUGCCCGUCCACCAAGCAGUUCUCCCCCGACGUCUACUCGUCCACGCUGGGUGGUAAACCUCUGGGCUGCGAGCCCUCUGCCAUGACCAGCUACUCCUCCCUUAUUGACAGCUACUACCCAGAGACCUUCGGCGAUUACCGCAGCGCUGCGGCCUUCUCCAGCUCCGGAGGGUCCUUCCUGCCUUCAUCGGCCCUCUCAUCCCUGCUGCCCCCCUUCGGUGGAGAGUCUUCGCAUUUGUUUCUAAGAGACUCCUGGGAGCAGUCUGUUCCAGAGUCAGUAUCCCAGGUGGAGACUCUGUGUCCGGACAGCCUGGCCUCCGUCAGUGUCCCGCCCUCCAUGCCCAGCCCAGAACCCCCAGGGAGCCCCUCGCAGUACCGCUCCCCCAGCCGCGGCUCCUCCAUGGGCCCCAUCUCCAGCAGCCAGCCCUACACCCUGCACCCCCUGGAAGACGCCCACUACCACCCCUUGACCACCAGCAGCUCCUAUUCGGUCCCAUCCACAUCAUUCCCCUGCCCGCCCUACAUGAGCAGCCCUGUCAGCGACCUGGUGUCCAAGAUGGUGACGGAGGAGGCGGCCGACAGCCAUGCCAGCCUCCCUCCCAACGGCGAGGCUCCAUCCUGCUGGGCCAAAGAGGACGGCGUGAGCUCCUGGUCUCCCUACGAGAUCAGGAGGGCCUACUGACCGGAGGACGGACUGAGGUUGAGAAUUUAGGUUUCACAGACAAUUAAAAAAUGACUUCAACAAGCACUUGACAAUUUACAAAAAGAGGAUUCAAGUUUGAAUAUGUUGGUAGGAGCCUAUGAUGACCACGGUUACAGCCUGAUCUGAUGGGAAACUCCUACUUAUUUGUAAGAAAGCAUGUGUGUCUUUUUUGUUUAAUUUGUAUGUAAAAGAGUGAUCAGUAUGGACUUGAUCAGAAACAAAUCCCACCAUAAGCCUUAAAACUGAAAACUUUGAAAAACAAAGAUUAAGUGAUGUAGUAUGUAAGUGUAUGUGACCAUGUUACAUGCUAAAGACCCUAAACUUACAUGGUACUUGGACUCCCCGAGGGUAAGAUUGUGGAGUAGCUGAACUAAUAUGUAGCCAACAGUACAUACAGUAUGUCCACAUAUUUGUGUUUUAGUGAAAACAGACAUACAAGUAGCAUUUCAAAAUGGUGUGAGGCUGAUCAUCAGUAUAUUUAUUGCCAGAAUAACCAAUAAACCGCACAAGACAUUAGGUUCCUGUUCCUAAUGGCAUUUACGCCUAAUUGUCUGAACGAAAAGAAAUAAUCAGAGCCAAGAAAGAUAGUUCAUUGCCGUCUCAUUCCCAGGUUGUCAAAUACAGACUCUUUUGGAAUGAGACUCAACAAUAAACUCUUUCUUGGCUCUGAUUGGCUGCUUUUGUUCAAACGCAGUUGAUUUUUGUAAAUACCAUUAGGAGCACUAGGAGGAGCCAGAGGAACCUGACUUUUCACAGAUUAUCUGUCUCAUGUUCUACUGUCAGGAUAUAGUGAAAGUUUCAGCAAAUAUGACAGAAGGUUAUUUUCAUAAAAGUUACCCACUGCAGCUUCAACACCACAUGUUGUGCUUGAGAGUUUGAGAGUGUUAAAAAGUAAUGGAUAAAUCCAGCAGGCAUACUUGCUCAAACCUACUAAUAGAACAUAUUGUAACAACACCCACUUUAAUAGAAUACAUAGUGUUGUUUAACAAAUAUCAGUGCAAAAGAACACAUUGGGAGCAUGACUGGUGGCGUUGAUGAAGUGGUUCUUCAGCUUGUCUGACAAGGUUGACAACCAUCGCUUGAGGAGAUUUUUCCCAAAUCCUCUUCUUUUUUUUUUUUACAGAGUUACAUAAGUGUGUAUAAUUUAGGUGAUAAAAAAACGUCAAAUAAUAAAAUAUCUGAAAGCUUGAAAGGCCUUUCAUCAGCUGUCACAUACAAUCCCUUAUUGUGAUAGCUUAGCAUUCAAAAAGCACCAUAUAAACAAUCAAUAAAUGGUUUUUAAUACAUUGUUACUUACUAUAUUGUAAUUGAAAACAGACAUUUGCAGUGUUCAAUAAUGUCUUUGUUACUCACAUGAAUAAAACUGGCACAAACUUUAAAGAUCUUUUAAGGCAAAAAAAAAAAAGACAACAGUAAGACUCAUUUAAAACUCUCCAAAGUCCUUUGCUCUCUAUGUUUGAUGAAGUCAUGCAGCAUUGUGCAAUGAUAAAUAUACUUUUCACUAAAGUCAGGUCUGUGUUUGUGUCCACGAUGCUUCAUUCAUAUGUGUUAUUAGGGGUUAAUAUUUAUUGAUAUCAAAAUAAAUGUGUGUUAUACAUUAAGUGAAAUUAAAAAUGACUUAUAAUGUU